CAGUAUAACUGUUGGCAGUGAGAGGUCAAGAGGAUCAUUAACAAGCGCCCCGAAAGUAUUCAAUUCUCGUGACAAAUUAGACGACAAAAUCAACGUUCGAGCCGCGUAACUGGCAAGUCCUCAUCCGUUCCCUAAUCCACCAUCAUUCAACAAUUGGCUGUUAUCUUUGGUUAUUCUCAACGACUGCAUACGGCUACACACCAGUAUCUUGUAUGAAGAGCUCUACAUCUCGCUCUAAUGUCCUUGUCUUGGGUUCCAAUGCUGUCUAUUCACUAUUACCUUCCACGCUCAUAGCGCAAGUGGAAGCCCUUCUGGAUGCACACAGAAUUGAGGAUGCUGUUGACAUGGCGGACCAGCAGAGAAGAAAGGUUGAAGCACAGCUGACAGUGGACGAGGAAGAACCUUUCUCAUGACAUGUCCUAUAGGCUGAUGAACUUCGCUAUGUCUAUCAACGAAUAGGAUUUCAAUGUUUUGCAGAAACUCUCUUCGAUGAUGCCGGCCGACAUCUAUUUCACGGUGAACUGGAUCCUCGGGCUCUCAUAAGCUACUAUCCUGAAUAUUACGACUCGCUGUUCCAUCUCGACGAGUCUAUCGACCUGUUUUCCGGCGUUGCGGAACGCAUGCCAACUGAAGAAUCUAUUGACGAUAUAAACGCCUCGUUAUUUGUUUAUACUUCAGACUGCGUCCGGUCACUCUCCCCUCCCCUGCCAUUUUGUUCCCCAUUGACGUCUUUUCCCCCCCGCUGCCUCGUCGGGACUGAUCGCAGUUGCGGCAAAUCUAGUCAGGAACUAUUCCCCACACCUUGCUCCGAAUACCCGAACAGCGCCUCCUGCUGUAGAACUUCGUGCUGUAUUGAAGAUGGCUGCAACGGAUAUGCUGCGAUCGUUCUUACGGAAGUGGAGACGAAAGCGAAGGUUGGAUGAUCCCGGUGGGACAAUCAAACCGAAAGCAUUGUAUCAGGCUGUUGACACCGUGUUGGCCAGGUUAUACGUUGAAUCAGAUGAAAAGUCCGAGUUGUUGAUUCUCAUCCAUGAGCCUAACGAUAUCCUUAUGUCCGAAGUCGAGCCAGCACUCGUCACCGCUAAAUGGUUCAACGCGCUCUGUCAACUCUACCAAAUACGAGGCGAAGAUGCUAAGUUGCUCGACGUCUGGUCACGACUCGCUGCAGGCGAGUGGAUAGACCCCGAAGUCGAAGACCCACUUUCAAACAUGUUCACUUUCCUAAAUGAGAAGAAGGACCGCGCACUGAUACGACAGUGGGGUGUCUGGUUAACCAAACAAGAUUCGGAACGCGCCAUCAAGUUGCUCACCUCAGGUCGAAAGCACAAUCGACAAGAAGAUGAUUUUGCACUUCUGCAACAGAUCCAGGAGAGCAAUCCUGCAGCUGCUCUUCAGUUUCUAGAGCAUCUUGUGCUACGGAAACGAAGUCAGAACGCAGCCCUGCAUGUACAACUUGCCACGCUCUACGUUGAUCAACUACUAUCGUGUGUUUCUGAUGAAGCGACAUCGAAACUUUGGCGAGCCAAAGUUUCUUCCUAUUCCUCCAGUCAAACAAACGUUCCUUUCCUCUCAUACUUUGCUUCCACCACCCCUGACUCGGACUCGAAACGAACACGACUAAAAACGAUUCUAUUCCUCCAAGCAUCAGAACUUUAUGACGUCGAACCAAUACGAACACGGCUACAGGACUAUGAGAAGCUCCUCAGUCUUGAGCUCUCCAUUGUCGAAGGCAAGCUUGGUCAUGAUAGAUCAGCACUCUCAAUCCUUGUGCACACUCUUCACGACUCCUCAUCAGCAGAAGCGUACUGCACACUCGGUGGUGAGGUAGUACCUGCGAAGACAGCCCAGUCGCUAGGCGAGAGGUUCAGUCUUCAAUCGUGGGCGGCUUUGUUCGUGCCUCCAGUUUCAGCCGGAAAGGCGAAGUCGUCUGCUGCAUUUAUGAAGAGACAGAAGAGUGUGAGUGAAGAACGUAAGAGAGAGUUGACGAGGAUACUGUUGGAAGUAUAUAUGAGUGGCGGGGAGGCUAUGUCUGGUAGGACAGCUCAGCUCCUGGCUGCACAAGGUAUGAAUCUGGACGUGGUCGAUGUCUUAUCUCUCAUACCACCCGAAUGGCCACUCCGAGUCCUCUCAAGCUUCCUCGAACGUUCAUUCCGUCGCACCCUCCAUACCCGUCACGAAGGCCAAAUCAUCAAGUCCAUCGCGGCAAGCGAGAAUCUCGCCGUCGCCGAGCGGACUUGGCUCAUAUUACGAGAGCAAGGUGCUAUCGUCGAGGAGGCGGUUGAUGAUGAUGGAGAGGAUGACGAGAAGUCGGGUUCUGAGAAGGCCGUGGGACUUGGCUUGGAGCUGGAUGAGAAGACUGCACUGCUGAAUGCUCGAGUUGAAGAAGGAAAAGUGAGAGAAAAUGUCGUGGAUGUUGAACCAGAAGGAAGGAUGUUUUACAGUGAUAAUUCAGGACUUACAUGAGCAUUUGUAUUAUGUUCUUCAUUUCUCUCGAUUCUGGAUUCGCGUUGUUUGGAUGUACAGUACUUGGCGACAGCCUUAACGCGGUUACCAUAUACGGAUGAGGACCUGCCUAUUUCGUUGACUGCAGCCGUCUCGCCUACGGUGCAGCGACGAAAUGGGCACAGUUGAUGACAUACAAGGUUCGUGUAUGAUCUAAACCUAUCAUAGACAGUAAGGCGCUAGUAAUACAAGUGACUAACUGCAACAUUAAACCAUCAAUUAUGGU